ACAUUCCGUAGCUUUGAGCUGGUUUUGUGACACGGGUUUUGUUAAUUAGCUAGUCUGAGCAGAUGGUAUCUAAAUUUGGAUUUUAUGUUUAUUUUUUUAUCUUUCUUUGAUAUCAUUUUAUUGCCAAUUUUGGGGUUUUGUUCAUCUAUACUUAGCUUUGAGCUGGUGGGUUUUUCCAAUUAGCUAGUCUGAGCUAAAAAAUAAGAACUUUGUUCAGUGCUUAAAAAAAACAAGAUUGAGUGAUAGAUUUGCAAAAAGAAGCUUAGCAGAAAGUUUGUUAAGUAGAAAUGUUAAAGCAGAAGGAAUAAUCCAAUGGAGUUCAUGGAUAAAUACUGAUAACUCUCGGAUAGAGUAUUAGAACGGAAAGAUCCAUUAGAUAAUGAACUAUUGGUUCUAAGCCAUCUCUGACGAUUAAUCAACAAUUCGAAGUGCUUUUUAGUUUAUUACUUACUCUUUUCGACUUUUUGAAUCAAAUUCUUUAUUUUGUUUUAUUCAAUUUUUUUUUUUAAUUCACAAUUACAAUUAUAGCCUGUCUCUGUAAGUUGAGAGUGGAAUUCAUCCUCUAUUUUGUCCUUUCCAUUCACUCGGAUUUCUUCCUUUUCAUCAAUUUUGUCCCAUUUUAGUUACUUAUAAACCCUAGAAGAAUUCUUAUUUCAUCCGCCAUGAACGAUUGCUCGGGCACUGGGUAGCGAGUGUAUUGUCUUGUGGUGAUCAGACAGCUCCUUGUAAAGAAACAGCACAGAAAAAGAGGAUCUCCCUGGAAUGCCAGAUCCUGAUGCGGAAGUCGUUGCCUUGUCCCCGAAAACUCUAUUAGCAAUGAACCGAUUUGUGUGUGAGAUUUGCAACAAAGGGUUUCAGAGAGACCAGAAUUUGCAGCUUCAUAGAAGGGGUCACAAUUUGCCUUGGAAGCUAUGGCAGAGAACAAGCAAUGAGGAACAAGCAAUGAGGAGGGAUAACUUUAUCACACACAGGGCAUUUUGUGAUGUAUUAGCGAAAGACAGUGAGAAAGUACGGAGUGCAGUUACAACUCCUAUUGCUGAUGAGGACCGUAAGGUUCAAGCUGUUGUUUCAUCAACACCACCGCCACCAACACCUCCUACUCCCCCACCAGCUUCAGAGCCGCCAGCUGUUCCUUCACCAGCUGCCCCGGAGUCUCUACCACCUCCUGUUACUCCGUCAACUGAUUUAAUGUCUUCUGAUUCUCCCAUCCAGAAUCCAGAGUUGGUGGAGAGUCCACGCACAAAUUCCACUGGAACCAUUACAAAACAGGUUAUGGAAGAAACAACAGCUAAAACGAGGUUGUCUGGAAUCUGCAGCAGUAGCUCAAGCACCGGAUGUACCACCAGUAGCAGCAUUUUUCCAAGCUUUACUGGAAUAUCUAGCAGCAGUAGGAGCUCAAGCAGUAAUGGAAGUACCACCAGCAACAGCAUUUUUCCAAGCUUGACUGGAAUAUGUGGCAGCACUAGGAGCUCGAGCAGUAAUGGAGGUACCGGAAACAUCAGCACUUUUCCAAGCUUGACUGGAAUCUCUAGCAGCAGUAGAAACUCGAGCAGUAACGGAAGUACCAGCAGCAGCAACAGCAUUUUUGCAAGUUCAACUGGAUUCUGUAGCAGCAGCAGUAGCUCGAGCAAUAACGGAAGUACCAGAAGCAGCAGCAUUUUUACAAGCAUGACUGGAAUCUGUAGCAGCAGUAGUAGCUCGAGUAGUAAUAGAAGUGCCAGCAGCAGCACUUUUGCAAGCUUAUUUUCUUCAUCAACUUCUUCAGGAAGUUUGCCUUUGCCAUCUCAAGCACCUCAAUUUACUGAUUGGUUUCAGUCCGUGGCUCCUGCACCGCCACCUGAUAUAGAGCCAGCAUCAUCUAUGGAACCAAUAUCUCUCUGCCUUGCUAAUUUAUUAUACUCUGAGAUAAUUCCGUUGUGCCACCAGAAUUUGGUAUCAAGGCCAUAGGAUUCUAUCUGGAGAUAAUUCCGUCGUGGCACAGUAUUAAAACUCAUAUUCAGUUCUAUUGCAUCAAAUAUAUAUGUACGAGACAAUAGGUCAUCUAACUUCAACAAUUUAACCAAAUCAAAUAAUAUUGAUUAGGACAUUAGCUAGUCA